AUGUUUAAGGCAUACCGAAUGGCUGAAGAACAGAGCGAACAGGUACUUCAUAUACUUCCAAGAUAAAGUUGUGAUCCAAGUUAUUGUAGGUCCGUGACAUUCUUCUGCUACCCACCACUGCGAGUGAACAAGUUCGAGCGUCAGCCGAAGAGCAGAUCGCCGCCGUCGUCGACUUUUUCCACAGCAAACUCGCCGAGUACAAUGAGGUGCGCAAGUUUUUCUAGUAUUGGUUUUAUGAGAUUAACAAGGUCGGAAUCACACUACAGUAAGCCGUUACAGAUAAUUCAACAAAACAACCGUUCGGUUUUCGUGGUCAACUAUGUGCAAAACGGAUUUCUCGUCAGCGAAUUCUGUCCUGAAAUCGCGAAACUUUUCGAGGUGCUCAAAGUGAAGACGUUAGCAGAACUGCAGUCGAAACUGGCCGAAUGGGAAGAGGACCCGCAAAUGAGUAAGUGGAAGUGCGGAGGCGUUGACAUUCGUUGACGAAAGCAAAAAGAAAAUCUGAAAUAUUUAUCACAGCAUAAUCCAGCCGUAAUCCAUUAUAUUAUAUCAUCAUUUUAUCACUUUUCUGCUUCCAGAAGCUUCUGGAAAGGCUCUCUACGAAUCAUUCGUCGCCUGGGACCAGUUCCUUCAGGAGAUCGAUGAGGAAUUGGAUCGGACACUCGGGCCAGUGAAGAAGGUUCCUGCCACGCAGCCAGAAGGUACGGAAACAUUGGCCACGUGACUUUAGCUGAAUUAAAAAUAGAUCACGUGUGAAUUCUGACUAAUAGCAAGUUGAAUUCGUACAUUUCUGACUAUGCAGAUUCCGGAAUCUUGGGACUACAAAGCAAAACAAUUUCGUACUACGUGACUGGCAGCGCAUUCGAUUGUGUUCUCAUUAUUGUAGUUCGGUUGGUUCUGACCGUGAUUCGCGUUGAGCUCGUACAUUCUGUUCAGCGCUUUCAACAAGCCGGAAGUGAAUGAUCACAUUUUGGGACUCUACAAUCGGAUUGACGAACUCAAAAAGCUGCGAUGCGAUGUGUUCCUUCUCACAAAAGGACCGCCCAUCGGAUCCAGUGGCGGCGCGUACAUCAAACUGAUCGGAGUGCCUUUCCGGAAGUUGUAUGAUACGAAUGAAGCCGAGGAGCAACUAAAACUGAACAGAAAGCCGGCGCGUAAAUUCAGUGGCUGGGAGUCUAUGUGCAAAGUAUUCAAAAGUUUGAAACUUUAGAAAAUAUCUUUAACUUCUCAGGUUGUGGAAUCUUCCUUGGUGGAUGGAGAUCGUCCGACAAGCGCUUCGAAGGACGGUUCAGAAGACUCGGUCGCCUACAUCUCGCAGAAGGGCGGUACGGUACUUGUGGACAAAACCGGCGAGAUACUGUACAAGCACAUCGAGGACGAUCGGUGUGACUCAUGGCCGAACAUCGAUGAGAUUGUGAAGCUGGUGGAAGCGAGAGUACGCUUGCAGAAAAGAGAACAACUGAGAUUAGGGCUCUAUUUUCAGAAUGCCAAGUACUUGGAGAACAGCAAUAAUUCGUCGACGUCCAUUCCGAAAGGUGGUAGUCUGGCCAAAGUGAAUUCGGAGAUUUCAGUGACGAAGGAAAUGCAAAUGGAAAAGAAGAAACCAUGCUGUGUGAUUAGUUAA